AUGAUCGAAGGCCAUGACAAGUUUCGAGCAGAAGACUUUGACCUGACGUCGCUGAUGAUUCAUGUUAAAGAAGUCAGAGGACUGGACGUCUUUGUGUCUAACUAUGUCACGCCUGAACGCAAAAAUGUCUCGAGGAGACUCCUUCACUUCGAUCAAGCUGAUCUUGGACUAGGAGCGUCGACACGUGAUUACUACUUGGAUCGAGUCAAGCAUGGCAAAAAAAUCGAAGCAUACAGGCAGUUCCUUAUAGACCAAGUAAAAUUAAUCAAUGAAUACGAUAAUCGCCCUAGCAACGAUGAGAAAAUCGCGAAAGAUGUGGGCGAGAUCAUCGACUUUGAGACCAGAAUUGCAAAAAUUAUGGUAGCAGAGGAAGAUCGGCAGGACAGCUUCAAAAUGUACAAUCUUCGGCACCUCAGCGAUAUGCAGAAGCUCAUGCCUGUGGAACUUCACUGUUUAAUGUAUGGGAAAAAACAGAAAGCUCCCACGUGGGAGGAAUGCACGUCUUCCACAAUGCACAGAAUGCAAUAUGCUACUGGAGCCAUCUACGUUAGAAAAGUAUUCGACAAAGUUCCGAAAAAUGAAACGCUAGACAUGGUGAAUGAUUUGAUUGAAGCAUUCAAUGAAAUGCUUGUCGAGAAUGAUUGGAUGGACAAAUCCACGAAAAAGACCGUGAAAGGGAUGCUGAGAAAUAUUGCUUAUCCGGGUUUUAUUCUUGACAGCAAGAAACUGGACAACUAUUACAAAGGCGUGAGUGAAGAUAUUCUGAGGGCAUCGCCAAAAUUUUCUGUGGACGAAACCGACUCGUACAGUCAGAUGAUAGAGAAGCUAUCACGGUGGUACAUCGAAUUUGACUUCAAACGUCUAACCAAGCUCGUUGACCGAACUGAAUAUGUCUUCAAUCCUGCGGUCGUCGAUGCCUACUACUCGCGCUAUUCCAACUCAAUAAGUCGGCAGUAUGAUGCAAUUGGCAACCUUCGCGACUGGUGGGACGCAGGUGUUAAGAAGAAGUUUGUAGAGCGAGCCCAAUGUAUCAUCGACCAAUACGGAAAGAUCGAAGUGCCAGGUACUGGCCUGAAAGUGAAUGGCAAGCUCACUCAAGGGGAGAAUAUCGCUGACAAUGGAGGAGUGAAGCAAGCGUUGAGAGUUAGUUCCCAAUCCGAAUUCAGGAGAGCAGCCUACAGAAAAUAUCUUAAGAGGUACGGAGAAGAGAAGCGCAUUGAAGGCUUAGAACAAUACAACAACGAACAGAUGUUUUUUGUUGGAUAUGCAACGAUAUGUUGUGGUCAUUCGACCAAAGAUGCACUUAUAAACAGCAUUCUCACUGAUACUCAUUCGCCAACCCAGUAUCGGUAUGUUUGA